ACUUCUUAACACUUCUUAAUUUUUCUUCCAAACAAGUGUUAAUAUAACACUUAGUAACACUUUCAUAACUAACACUCCCUAACACUCGAUCCUUAGUAUCCAGAAUAUCAAUAGAUUAUAGGUUAUCAAUAAUUAUUAUUGAUACCUGAAAGCCAAGUUUUUUAUCUUCAAUCAGUUCGAUAGACUUCCUUCUGAAGAGUUGGGAUUGAAUGGAUCUUCGUCCCAGGCAGAGGCAAUCCUUCUCUGGUUUCACCGAAGACGAGGUCCAGAGGAUGGACUCCUUACUUAAGGAAUCAAAUGAAAAGGUCUUAGACCAAGACUUCUGUAAGAAAUUGGCAAAGGGUUUCAAUCAGUCCAAGGGUCGAGCUGGAAAACCUGUUGUGAAGUGGAUGGAGAUACAAAAAUGGUUUGAGAACAGGCAGCAAAAGUGCCUCCUAAUGGAUACUCCUCCAGAUUCCCUCAAAGUAUUGCCCGAUGUCCCAGACUCGCACCAUCCAGACAAUGAAAAAGAAUAUUCUCAUAUAAAAAAUGUUAUCUCCUUUGCUGAAAAAGUUCCAGAUCUGUCAGAGUUAGAAUUUGAAGCUAGAUCAUCGAAAGAUGGGGCAUGGUAUGAUAUUGAUUCUUUUAUCUCACACAGAUAUUUAAGCUCAGGGGAUGCUGAAGUUCUUGUGAGGUUUAUUGGGUUUGGGGAAGAGGAGGAUGAGUGGGUAAACAUAAGGAAGUCAGUCCGUGAACGUUCUAUUGCUUUGGAGCAUUCAGAGUGCAACAGAGUGGUGAUCGGAGAUAGUGUUCUGUGUUUUCAGUUAGCUGGCCUCUACUUCAUACAAUCAUAUGAUGCAGGAGAAAAAGGAUCAAGCAAGAUACUUAGAAGCGAAUGUCACAGAAAUCCAAAAGAGAUUGCACGAUAUAAGAGGCUGCAGGUGCCUAUUCGUGAUCCGAUAUGGUCAUGAUAACACUGAGGAAACUGUUCGAUUGAAAAGAUUAUGUUUCCGGCCCGGCAUACUAGCCCGCCUGCCAAUGAUUUAGCCCUUAUUCACAAAAUUUCAACAUCUGUGCAUAAUAGCCAUCCUGAAAAGUUUUCACUUUGACCUGCUAGUCUGCUUCAGCGAGCCUCCUAUUGCUGUUUUGGAGGGGCUAUAAGUUAGUUUUGAAGAAUGAUAGCGUGGACUAUAGCCAUUGUGAGAAGUGAAGUUUCAUCUUUUUGCCUACUUUAACUGCCCAUGCAUGGGUGGGAAAUUCUACUAGAAUAGUUUUUGAACCUAAUGGCAGUCAAGUUGACUGAAAACAGGUUGGGUUUCAAACCUAAUUGUGUUCAAAUAUUGGCUUCUAAUUUGGGUGGUUGCAAGACCAAAAUGACCCCUUUAUACUGUCAUUAUUAUGAUUAAUUCCUCCGUAUUUUUUGUUUGUUA